AUGGGAGGCCCGGCGGGCGGCGAGGAGUGCAGCAGUCGCCGCGUGGCAGCAGAGGCUGAGGGACGCCGAGGCCGAGGCGGCCGCCAUCCGCCGCUACCGCCACCACGUGCGCCGACGCCACCACCACCGCCACCACCACGCUCACCAUCACCACCACCAUCGUCGCCGCCGAGGCAGCAGGAGUGGCACCUGCCACAGGCGCAGGUCGCGCAAGCGCUGCGGACCAUCGUGGUGGAGGGACGGCGGUGGCAUCAGCAGACGGUCACCUGGAUGUGGCCCGCGCCCGAGGAGGCAGCAGAGGAGGCCAGGAUGCGAGAGGCCAUCGAAGCCAUCGAGUGGCGGCGCCCACCGCCGUUGAACCCGCGCGAUCCGAGGGCCAAGUCGGCGAAACGCGUCGCGGAGACGGCCGAUCGCGAGGGACCGGAGGUGACGCCCGAGGAGGAGCGCGAGGCCCAGGAGGGGCUGGAGAAGGGGCCAUGGGAGUGGCCAUCACCGCCGGAGACGUCGCGGGACGCGGGGCCACCCCCGAAGCUGGCGCGGCAGACUUCGUGCCCGGAGUCGCGAGCCCCACCGGCGAGGCCGACGCUGCGAAGACAGCAGUCGGAGGGCGCGGAACCGUGGGCGGAGGUUCCGGAGGCGGAGUGGCCGGCGCGGGUGGCCGAAGAAGCGCAACGACAACGAGGGAGGCAGAGGAAGGCCAGGUGGGCCAAGCUCGUGCUGGAGGAGGGACAGCGCUACCGAGUCAAGGUAGCAGGGGGCCGGGUGCGGGUGUUUAAGGCCCAAUAA